CAUGAGCAAUUCUCUCUUUGAGAUAGUUGAGAAUCAUGGCCCAUAUUUUUAAUUUUCAUUUUUUGACCUGACAGUACAAGUAGUCCAUUUGACUUUCUCCUGUUCAUUCCACUAUCCUGUUUGAUCUGUAUAUAUCCUAUUUCACAUAGGUAAGUCGGCCUCUCCACUGAAGAUCCUUUGCACUGACGAAGGAAUAACACUACAGUGUUUCUUGAAGUACUACAAUGAAGAAAUGAAAAUCAACUGGUCUCACAGGGAAUCUAAGAUUUCUUCUAGUGAAAAGAUGAAGAUUGGAGGUGGAGAGAAUGUUGCCUGGCUGCAGAUACGUGAACCCACUGAAAAGGAUAAGGGGAACUAUACCAUUGAGAUCUUUGGCAACAAGGAAUCCUACAAACGCACACUUGAUCUGUCUGGGCAAGCUUUUGAUGAUGCAUUUGCAGAAUUCCAGAGACUCAAGGCAGCUGCUUUUGCUGAGAAGAAUCGUGGUAAAGUCGUUGGUGGUUUGCCUGAUGUCGUUACUAUAAUGGAUGGGAAGACGCUGAAUCUGACCUGUACUGUAUUUGGAAAUCCUGACCCUGAAGUGACUUGGUUCAAGAAUGACAAGGUCUUUGAACUUAAUGAGCACUAUGCUUUUUCACUGGAACAAGGGAAAUAUGCCAGUUUAACAAUCAAGGGAGUGACCUCAGAAGAUUCAGGCAAAUAUAGCAUCCAUGUUAAGAACAAGUAUGGUGGGGAAAAAGUGGAUGUCACUAUAAGUGUGUACAGACAUGGUGAAAAAAUGCCUGAAAUUAAGCCUGGCCAGCUUGCUAAACCCAGCCCAAUACCACCAUCAGAGGAAGUCCUCCAACCUUAGGACAAGGCAACAUCCAGUACGAAGAAAAGCUUGAUGCUAUGUUUGACAAACAAAAUAAAAUACAUGAGCUCUAGUUGAGGCAUUCCCUCACAAAACUUACUGGUAAUGUCCAGAGGGAAACUAAGCUUUUAAGAGUUUGCUUUAGGAGGUAGCUGUGCUAUGGUGCUGUACACAUUUGCAACAGUCUCAUUUUGAAUACGUGUAAUAGGGUGUGACUUACAAAUAGCAAAAAGCCUGCCAGAGUUUACCAUAUACAAAGGCAAGUUGCACAAACCUACAGUAAACCUCCAUUUCCACCCUUCCCAACCCUCUGCAAAAAGCCCCAGACAACUCAAUCACCCUCUGCGAAAAAAUGUCCCAUCAGUAAUGGUAGAGAACUACAGUUAAGUAAUAUUCAGAAAUAGUUCCUGCUUUGUUCGACACACAGUUCCUUUGGCUUUGAAGCCUCUGAUCCUGUAAGUCUAGUGGGUAGCACCUCUUUGGUAGUGAUACCAUUGUUUUAUAGUUGUAGCAUAGGUCACAUGGUUGUAUGUUGGUUUUCUUUUUUUGUGUGAUAAUAAAACUUUAAAAGCCACCUUUGCUCCUCACUGCUCCAAAUGACACCUAACAAGUUCUGUUUACUCUAUUUCAUUGUUUAAUUAUUACUUACUCUACAAUUUCACAGCUGGCAGCAUGCAGACUAUCAACUUUCAAUAAAGAAUAAAAAUUAUGGUUAAUCACA